AUGACUGUACACCAAACCGAAGUACGUGCCCAAAAAAACGUAUCCGAUUCGGUCGCAGACUUGGCCACUUGCAAGAAGUACAGUAUGGAAUCAUUAGGCGAUCCAGUCAGUAACUGCCGUUACUCCAGCCAUGCUGUGGGUAUGCGAGGAGAACUGCAGCUCAGCUUUAUACUACUGGAGCCCGUGGUAUAUUUGCAAGGCGACGGCAAAUCGGAUCGCCACGCCAAGAACCACCCUGCAAUCUCUCGGGGUUACCUCCAUCUUAAACUCACCAAACCGACCAAAAUCAAGAGCAUAUGCGUCUCCUUUCAUGGUGUUGCGAGACUUCAGCCGUUAGGGGAGAGCUCAAAAAAACAGGAUCUGAUCACGUCUGGUAUUACCUACCUCGAGGACGGGCAUGCGACAUUCUCGGGCGGCUAUCACAACUUGUGCGACGAGUCUAUAGCGCCUACAGAGACCAGGCAAAUUGGCAAAGGCAGCGCUCCAGCGUUGUGCUUGCAGCGACUUUCUCCUCCGGAGUAUGAUCCAGGCGGCUUAGAUCGGUCUGGAUAUCCGGGCACCGGUAGCGGAAGUCCCCGGCAUACCAACUAUAGUCGUUCGAAAGGCAAUUAUACGGUAUUUCCUGUCGGCGAUUAUACCUACAGCUUUGAGUUUCUCUUGCAUGACUCUCUUCCCGAAACUAUCAGCACUGAGCUUAUAUCUGUUCAUUACUACCUGGAAGCGAAAAUCGAGCUCCCUGGUAUAUUUCAUUCGCAAAUGCGGUCACAACUGGAUGUCCCGGUCCUUCGUUUGCCUUUGCAGAACUCGCUGGAACUAACUGAGCCAAUACUUGUCUCUAAGGACUGGCGUGAGCAGUUGCAUUAUGAUGCUUGUAUCCUCGGCAAAAGCUUCCGGUUAGGCUCCCGGAUACCAAUAAGAUUGACGCUCACUCCUUCUGUCGACCUUAAAUGUUGCUGGCUCAAGGUCUACGUGUCUCAGCAUAUGCAGUACUGGAAAACUGGACGGGAAACUCGCUUAUUACAUUUGGGUCAAAGAAAAGUGCUUCUAUUCGAAAAGCAGGCUGGAAAUGAAUAUAAAAGCACUUUUUCUGGCAGCAAAUUUCGGAUCGCUUCAGAACGGGACAUGAAACGACCGACAGAUACGCAAACUCGGAGUCUGCUUGGGGCAGUACAGGAAACACGGGCAUUUGAAUUGGAGGUGCAAUUGCCCAGAUGCCCUGAAUUGAAAGAAAGACCGCGGUGGCAACAACUUCACCCAAGCACCAGAGCAGGUAAACCGGAUGUGAACCACUGGAUCCAGGUAAGGAGCCGCGAAACCUGCUCAGUGUCCUCUCGCCUGGGAGACCGAGCAAUCUAUAUAACAUCGCUAACCCUCCUCGUACAGAUCGUGUUGUGUCUUUCAAAGGAAGAUAGGGAUGAGACAGCAGGAAAAAAGCAGAAUUCACUCCAAUUCCUAACCAUGGAAGCACCCAUCACUGUACUAUCCUGCAAGGCGACCUCGUCCAACAUCUACGUUCCGCCAUAUUCAGUUGAAUACAAUACAGAAGCAAUGCCAUUGCGAUAUUCGGAAUGCGAUUGCGUUGGCAGUGACUUUACUGCAACUCUUGCACCAUUGCAUAAAGUCGAAGUUCAGGAAACCUUGUCUGUUGAGCCAAUUUUGCCAGACGAUUUAACAGGGUCGCUCGGCUUUGAGAGCAGCUGCAAUGACAUUAAGCCGCCACCUCGAGCCCAUAUGACUAGAUUUAGCGUUCCAGAAGUCUUCCAAUGA